AUGGAUACAGUGUCGGGCCAGACAGAACCAGCGGACAGGAGGGGACCUUCUGCAAGGAACAGGAAAAACCCCAACAACCUCUACAGAAAGUCCAUCAAGCCCCUGAUUGAGAAACGGCGCCGGGCCCGUAUCAACGCCAGCCUGGAACAGCUGAGAAAGUUACUGCAGACCAGCCCAGAGCCCCAGAACUCCCGAGCCCUGUCCCGCUUGGAGAAAGCUCAGAUCCUGGAGAUGACUGUGCAACAGCUUCAGCAGUACAAGAAGCAAGGUGCCACUGCUCCUCCUUCUCCAAACAGCCCUGAUUUUGCUGCCGGUUACCGCCAUUGCAUCAACACUGUCAACUCCUUCCUGAGCUCAGCAGACUCCUCCUUGGACCAGGAGAUGAAGUCUCAGAUCCUGCAGCAGCUGGAACAGACUCCGGGGCUCAGGUCUUCCAUCGCAACCAUUUCCAGACCCUGUUGCCCGCAGAAAGCAGUCUCUGUCCUCUCUCCCCCAUCCUCCUGUUUAUGGGCACCGCCGCCACCUCCUCCUAAGAGGUCUGCGGGACUGACUCCUCCUCUUCCAGACGCCCGCGCAAUCACUGAACAGUCCUGGUCACAGGCCUCCCCCAUCGCAACACCAUCGCCCCAUCCACCUGGCCCUUGGACUCAGCCAAACUCCCCCGCCACCGCAACCCACAUGUGGCGGCCGUGGUGA